UGUGCUUGCAGUGCACGCGUUUUGGGACCUGCCAGCGUCCUGCUGCGCGACCCCUCGCGCCAAUUUUAUGUCACACAAUUGGCAGAGAGAGAGAGAGAGACACACAUUGGGAAAGAGAGAGAGAGAGAGAGGGAGGGAGAGAGAGACCUCAGACGCAGACGCGUGAGGGAGCGAGAGACAGACAGUGAGAGAGAGACGUAGACACAGGCGUGGAGAGAGAGAGAGAGAGAGAGACAGAGAGCGAGAGAGACAGAGAGAGAGAGAGAGAGAGAGACAGAGAGAGAGAGAGACAGAGAGAGGAUGGCUGGUAGGAUUUAGCCCCAGCAGCGUCUUUUCCCGUCCAGCACAACAAGCUUAUUACCUUUCUCUCCACGCGUUUGGAAACGGAUUUACGCGCACGAAAAGGAGGAGUUUGGAGGACGAGUAGGAUGCUGAGUAUCUUUCCUCCACCAAUGUUCUCCACCCUGCUCUCCAUGACCUGAGAGCACCAACGCAGCGGGAGGAAACGAAACACCAGAAAGAGAGCGAGGAAGAGGAGGGCAGAAGGCCAGGGAAGAAAAGGAAGGAACCCACUUUUUUUUUUUUUGGUUAUUGUUGUUUGUUUUUCCCUUUUCUGAAAUGGCGGCAACGGAGGCCAACGCGGCGCCGGUGGUCCAGGAAGACGGAAAAACCCCCGAGAGCAAGCCCGCAGAGGCGGAGCAACCGACUAAAAACGCCAACGCAAACUCAGAGACUGUCAACAGCGAGGUUGUCGAUAAAGACGGCACGGCUGUCAACAGCGAGGUUGUCGAUAAAGAUGGCGCGGCCGUCAACAGCGAGGUCGUCGAUAACAAAGAGACUGUGAAUAACGACACGGCUGCCGGAGCUGAGGAGGCCGACGCAGCGGAGAGCGGGGAGGCGGCGGCGCCUCAGAGCUCGGAUGGCACCUCCUCCGCUGAGCCCAAGACCUCCUUCUUGGACUCCUUCCUCAACAAGAGCGGCCUGGGGAAGGUGAUGGGAGGACGGAAGAAGAAGGAGGCGAGCACGACGGCCGCCGGAGGAGAAGAGAACGCAGCCGAAGGAGGAGAGAAAGAGGGCGAGAAGGUGGAAGAGGCCGCAGCAGCUGACGGAGGAGCGGAGGGCGGCGCGGAAGGAGAGGAAGCGAUCGAGAAAGCUCCGGAAAACGGGGAGAAGGAGGAGGAGAAGAAGGCAGAGAAGAGCAAACCGGCAGAGGCCAAAUCCACGGUGCGGGAUCUGAUCAGGAAGCCGGUGGCGAGGAUCUUCUCUCACCGCAGUACCGAGAAGAAGGACGGCGCCGCCGCAGACCCCCAGAAACCAAUCAAGGUUCGGUCCAAGUCCCUCGACCGGCUGGCAGACGCCGAAGCACUUAACGCCUCCGCCGACUCCACCAUAGAGGAGGGAGGUGCAGCGGGAGGCGCGGAGGGAGGCGCGGAGGAGGAGCAGAAAGCUUCGUCGUCCUCGGCAACCACCAAGCACAUGAAGCGCUGGCACUCCUUCAAGAAGCUCAUGGCUCAGAAGGCGCAUAAGAAGAGCGGGGGAGGGGGAGGAGGAGGAGGAGAGGAGUGCAAGGAGGAGGGAGCAGACGGAGAAGGAGGCGGAGACUCCUCCACGCUGGACUCCAAGGAGUCGGGGCAGAAGAGGUGGAAGCUGAAGCGCUCCUGGACGUUCCAGGGCCUGAAGAGGGACCCGUCCAUGGUCGGCAUCAGCGGCAAGGCCAAGGGCUCCGACAAAGACUCCGCCGGCAAGCCGGAGGAGGGCGCCGCCGCGGGAGUGGAGGAGGGAGAGGAGGCGAAGCCGGACGGAGGAGCAGCGGAGGAGGAGGAGGGGAAAGCAGAGGGAGGCGAGGAGAAGGCUGAAGGAGGAGAGGAGGAGAAGGCCGGCGCCACCGCAGCAGCAGCAGGAGGCGGCGGGACGGUGACGCAACACGCCAACGAGAUCUGGACGUCCUUCAAGAAGCGCGUCAUCCCCAAGUCCAAACGCGCCAACACAGAGUGCGCCCCGAGUGCAGAGGACGACGCAGCAGCCGCCGCCGCAUCGGGCGAGGAGGGAGCGGCCGACGACGGCAAAGACGCCAAGUCAGCCAAGGCCAAGCGCUCGCAUUUUGGCCGUGCAGUUUCCCUGAAGAACUUCAUCCUGCGAAAGGGCAAAUCCACCAGCGUGGACAUGGGCGAGGGCGCCAAGGAGGAGGAGGAGGAGGAGGAGGCCAAGGAGGCGGCGGAGGGCGUAGAAACGGCGGAGGAAGCCGGCGCUGAAGGCGAAGCCGCCAACAAGGAGAGCAACGACAAAGACGCGGCGGCGACCGAGAAGACGGCGGAGGAGCCGGCGAGCGGAGAAGAGGCUGUGAAGGAGGCGGUGAAGGAGGCAGUGAAGGACGCAGUCAAGGAGGUGGAGAAGACGCCGGCGGACGCCCCGGUGACCAACGGCGAGAACGGCUGCUCCAACGGCACGGGCGAUGAUCACGCCACACACAAUCACCAGGACGAGGAGAAGACGACAGGGGGCAGCCCCGUGAAGAAGAGCAAGGAGGCGGGCGGAGCUAAAGACGAGGCCAACGCUAAGAUCAUCAACGCCACGGCGGCUGUGAACAGCGACAAAAAGGCGGGAAACGUGUGAGGCCACACAAAGAGGAUUAAAACUGCCCGGGAUUCGCUGAGCAUGGAGCUCUGAGCCCCGCCCCCCCCUCCACCGCCCGCCCGCCCUCACCCUAACUCCUCCUCCUCCUCCUCCUCCUCCUCCUCCCUCGUCUCUCUCCCUUCAUCCCUCCUCCUCCUCCAGAAUAAACGGAGUAAUCACGUGUAAACAGAUCACCAUGGUGAGAACGAGCGAGCGAGAGAGAGAGAGAGAGAGAGAGCGAGAGAGAGAGAGAGAGAUGCAAUCCAUGUAGAAGAGAAGUGAGAAUUAAUAAUCACUCAGAAAGCAAUAAUUCAAGCCCCUCUUCCUCUUUUCACCCCCUCUCCCUCCUCUCCAUCCAUCCAUCCAUCCGCCCCCCCCUCCUCCGUCCGACACAUCCAUACGUACAAACAAACAUGUACAUCCAGUGUUUUUAUUUUUUCUUUGCUUGUCUGUGAGAUUUUAUAUUGUCUACGAGAGAAAAAGAAAAAUGCAGAAAUGUAAAAAUCGAGACAUUCCUCCUCCUCCUCCCCCCCCCCCUCCUUUUAUUCUCCUCUGCUCUCUGUCUCUACCGACUCCUGAUUGGUGGAUUUAAAGUACAACAAAAAAAAAGAAAAAAAAAGACUGUUAGUUUUAUAUGACGGCCAUUUUGGUUUGUAGUCCCCCCUUCUUCCUCCUCCUCCGCCUCCUCCCCCCCCCCUCCCCCCACCUCCUCCUCAUCCGUCCCCGUAGAUAUUUGACAGUACAGCAGGACCAUGUUGCUACAGUAUAUAAACUGCCCCGAGGACUGCCACCCCCCCCCCCCCCACACCAACACUGCGAUGUCUUCAGCUCUGUGUGUUUAAUGUUUUUAGACUGUUAUAUUGUGUACAUGAAGAAUAAAAAAGAAAAAAAAGGAAAAAAUCACCAUCAAAUAUUAAAGUCAAAUGUUUUUUUGUUUUUUUCUUCCUGUUCGGUUUUGGGAUUUUUGUUUUUUUCUUCUCUUUUCUUGUUUUCUAAAAACUUCACAUCUUCUCACUGUUACCGCAGUCGCAGACGAUACGCUGUAAUUAAAAAAUAAUAAUGAUGAUGAUGAUGAUGAUGAUGAUGAUGUUUUGUUGGUCCAAGUUUUCACAUGUCCGCUAGCAAAUUGUCAAGAAAAAAAAUAGUACAAUAAAGACUAAAAUCUAACAACUAAA